UUCAAAAGGGACCGCGAAGAUAGGGCGAAAUUCUGGAAUGGGAUCCAUUCGUGCGGCAGUAAGGGAGGAUUUACAAGGGAUAUAUGGUGCAUUAAAGGAGGACGUGGUUGCCAGAGCAGUGAAUGUUGCGGUUAUGCGUGCUGCAAUCAAGGAGGACCUCCAGGCACGUCACGACACAGUGAAGGAGGAUGUUAUAGCAGCCCACAACCAAAGUCAUGGUCGACUGUUCCACAUCCCUCUAUCAGGGUUUGGAUGGCUUGAUCAGGUCGUGUCCAAAGCGCAAAGUGGCGCUGCUGCUGGUUCAGUGAUUCAUAGAAACGACGAACUGUUCUCUUUUUUAUCAGGAAUUUUUUUUCUGAUUCGGAUCUUCGGAAAUAAAAAGGCUUAUAUGUCGUGACCUUCUGAUA